AUGGGGUGGAGAGUUUGCAUUGAUUAUAGAAGACUCAACAAAUCAACCCGCAAGGACCACUUCCCACUUUCAUUCAUUGACCAAAUGUUGGACAGAUUAGCGAGGCAUGAAUAUUAUUGCUUCCUUGAUGGUUAUUCGGAAUACAAUCAGAUUGUCAUAUGCCUAGAGGAUCAGGAGAAGAACACUUUUACUUGUCCUUAUGGCACUUUCGCCUUCAAGCACAUGCUAUUUGGAUGUAAUGCACCAGCCACUUUCCGGAGAUGCAUGAUGAAAGGCAUCGUGUUGGGUCACAGAGUGUCUAGGAGCGGCAUUGAAGUUGAUAAGGCGAAGGUGGAGGUUGCUUGGAAAGAUGUAACUUUCAGUUUUGAUGAUGCCUGCCUCAAGGCAUUUGAAGAGCUCAAAAAGAAGUUGGUGGUUGCUCCCAUUAUUGCGGCACCGGAUUGGUCCUUACCAUUUAAACUUAUGUGUGAUGCAAGUGACCAUGCUAUUAGGGCAGAUGAGCCAUAUUUGUACAAGCAGUGUGUUGAUCAGUUGAUGAGGAGAUGCAUUCCAGAAAAGGAGGUAGAAUUAGUGUUAUAUGAUUGUCAUGCAUCACCUUAUGGGGGCCAUUAUGGAGGCGAUAGAACAGCUGCAAAGGUACUACAAUCCGGGUUUUUUUGGCCAACAUUAUUCAAGGAUGAUCAUGUAUUUGUUAAGAAGUGUGACCAGCAUCAGAGAAUAGGAACAAUCAUAAGGAGGCAUGAGAUGCCUUUGAAUAACAUUCUGGAGGUUGAGAUUUUUUGUGUGUGGGGGAUAGAUUUUAUGGGACCAUUCCCUUUGUCCAGAGGAAAUAAAUACAUCUUGCUAGCAGUUGACUAUGUGUCAAAAUGGGUAGGGGCGACCACAUUGCCAACAAAUGAUGCCAUGGUGGUAGCUGCAUUUGUGAAAAAGAACAUAUUUUUGAGAGUCCGACAUAAAGUUGCUACAACAUAUCAUCCUCAAACAGGUGGACAAGUUGAGGUGUCUAACAGAGAAAUAAAGCAAAUCUUAGAGAAGACGGUGAGUGUGAAUAGGAAGGAUUUGGCUGCAAAGUUAGAUAAUGCCUUGUGGGCAUAUAGAACUGCAUACAAAAUGCCAAUUGGGGCGUCGCCGUAUAAGCUUGUUUAUGGGAAGGCAUGUCACUUGUCUGUUGAACUUGAACACAAAGCGUACUAG